AUCCUUUUGUAAGAUCUUCAAGAAGAAAGAUUUAAGUUGUUGUUCAUACAAAACAAAGUUUUAAAGUUGUUGACGUGGAAAAAGUAUUGCCAUAAUUUUUCAGCCUCGAAGAAAGUUCCCUUCUUCUUCAAACCCUAAUUUUUGACAAAAACUCUCUACUCCUUUUUGCUACUAGGGUUUCUUUCAGUUUCCAGUGUAAGAAAAGAUGUUCGAGCCAAAUAUGUUGCUUGCGGCUAUGAACAACGCAGAUAGCAAUAAUCACAACUACAACCAUGAAGACAACAACAAUGAAGGAUUUCUUCGGGACGAUGAAUUCGACAGUCCCAAUACUAAAUCGGGAAGUGAGAAUCAAGAAGGAGGAUCAGGAAACGAUCAAGAUCCUCUUCAUCCCAACAAGAAGAAACGAUAUCAUCGACACACCCAACUUCAGAUCCAGGAGAUGGAAGCAUUCUUCAAAGAGUGUCCUCACCCAGAUGACAAGCAAAGAAAACAACUAAGCCGUGAAUUGGGUUUGGAACCUCUCCAGGUCAAAUUCUGGUUCCAAAACAAGCGCACCCAAAUGAAGAAUCAUCACGAGAGGCACGAGAACUCGCAUCUUCGGGCGGAGAACGACAAGCUUCGAAAUGACAACCUAAGAUAUCGAGAGGCUCUUGCAAAUGCUUCGUGUCCUAACUGUGGUGGUCCAACGGCUAUCGGAGAAAUGUCCUUCGACGAACACCAACUCCGUCUCGAAAAUGCUCGAUUAAGGGAAGAGAUCGACCGUAUAUCCGCGAUUGCAGCCAAAUAUGUAGGCAAGCCAGUCUCAAACUAUCCACUUAUGUCUCCGCCUCCUCUUCCUCCACGUCCUCUAGAACUUGCCAUGGGAAAUCUUGGAGGAGAAGCUUAUGGAAACAAUCCAACAGAUCUCCUUAAGUCCAUUACUGCACCGACAGAAUCUGAUAAACCGGUCAUCAUCGACUUAGCCGUGGCUGCAAUGGAAGAACUCGUGAGGAUGGUUCAAGUGGACGAGCCUCUGUGGAAGAGUUUGGUUUUAGAUGAAGAAGAGUAUGCACGGACGUUUCCUAGAGGGAUCGGACCUAGACCAGCUGGAUAUAGAUCUGAAGCUUCGCGAGAAAGCGCGGUUGUGAUCAUGAAUCAUGUUAACAUCGUUGAGAUUCUCAUGGAUGUGAAUCAAUGGUCGACGAUUUUUGCCGGGAUGGUUUCUAGAGCGAUAACAUUAGCGGUUUUAUCGACAGGAGUUGCAGGAAAUUAUAAUGGAGCUCUUCAAGUGAUGACUGCAGAGUUUCAAGUUCCAUCUCCAUUAGUUCCGACCCGUGAAACCUAUUUCGCACGUUACUGUAAACAACAAGGAGAUGGUUCGUGGGCGGUUGUCGAUAUUUCCUUGGAUACUCUCCAACCAAAUCCCCCAGCUAGAUGCAGGCGGCGAGCUUCAGGAUGUUUGAUUCAAGAAAUGCCAAAUGGAUAUUCUAAGGUGACUUGGGUGGAGCAUGUGGAAGUUGAUGACAGAGGGGUUCAUAACUUAUACAAACACAUGGUUAGUACUGGUCAUGCCUUUGGUGCUAAACGCUGGGUAGCGAUUCUUGACCGCCAAUGCGAGCGGUUAGCUAGUGUCAUGGCUACAAACAUUUCCUCUGGAGAAGUUGGCGUGAUAACUAACCAAGAAGGGAGGAGGAGUAUGCUGAAAUUGGCGGAGCGGAUGGUUAUAAGCUUUUGUGCAGGAGUGAGUGCUUCAACCGCUCAUACGUGGACUACAUUGUCCGGUACAGGAGCUGAAGAUGUUAGAGUAAUGACUAGGAAGAGUGUGGAUGAUCCAGGAAGGCCUCCUGGUAUUGUUCUUAGUGCAGCCACUUCCUUUUGGAUCCCUGUUCCUCCAAAGCGAGUCUUUGACUUCCUCAGAGAUGAGAAUUCAAGAAAUGAGUGGGAUAUUCUAUCUAAUGGAGGAGUUGUGCAAGAAAUGGCGCAUAUUGCUAACGGGAGGGAUACCGGAAACUGUGUUUCUCUUCUUCGGGUAAAUAGUGCAAACUCUAGCCAGAGCAAUAUGCUGAUUCUACAAGAGAGCUGCACUGAUCCUACAGCUUCCUUUGUGAUCUAUGCUCCAGUCGAUAUUGUAGCGAUGAACAUAGUGCUUAAUGGAGGUGAUCCGGACUAUGUAGCUCUGCUUCCAUCAGGUUUUGCUAUUCUUCCUGAUGGUAAUGCCAAUAGUGGAGUCCCUGGAGGAGAUGGAGGAUCGCUCUUGACCGUUGCUUUUCAGAUUCUGGUUGACUCAGUUCCUACGGCUAAGCUGUCUCUUGGCUCUGUUGCAACUGUCAACAAUCUAAUAGCUUGCACUGUUGAGAGAAUCAAAGCUUCCAUGUCUUGUGAGACUGCUUGAAAACCACCCAUUAGGAAGUAACAAAACGGUGAUGAAGGAAAAAAAGAAGAGAGUUUUCAGUUUGAAAAAGCGGAGGAGUCAAGAUCGAACCUCAAAAGAUAUACCAUUGAGUGUUUGUAGUGUUGAGUUUUGUUCUGCUUAUUUGAUGGAAAGUAAGCAGUGGAAAACUUUUUACUUGAAAGUGAAUAUGCACAUGGUUUUACGAGGUUCGGGAAUUGACUUCCCCUGCCACAUACUGAAUUAGGCAAAAAAAAAAACUAGGUUAGAAAGAUGUUUUCGGAUUUCUUUUUGUGUUACAGUUACUGUUUUUCUUUCCUUCUUGUGGUUAGAUGGAACCUCAUCAGGAAUUUGGAGUUUGUCUUUCUUUUGUAUAAAUAUCUUAUACAAGU